AUGAUAGCGCUUGCUACCGCAACCUCCGGAGUUUCUGCUGCCAUUAUGCCGGGUGGAAGAACAGUACAUUCGCGUUUCAAAAUACCGAUUGAUGUAAGUGAAGGAAGUAAAGGCAGUAUGUCAAAACAAAGUGGAACUGCCGAGUUGUUACGCAAGGCACGAUUAAUAAUAUGGGAUGAAGCACCAAUGGCUAAACGAUGGGCGAUAGAGUAUGUUCAUUCUUUAUUGCAAGACGUAAUGGGAAAUAAUCAAGAUUUUGGAGGGAAAGUAGUUGUUCUUGGUGGUGAUUUUCGGCAAGUUCUGCCAGUGGUCCCAAAGGCUACAAUCCAACAAACAAUAUCUGCAAGUUUGGUAAAGUCCAGAUUGUGGCCCAAAAUGAAAAAGGUUUCUUUAUCCAGAAACAUGAGGUCGAUGAAUGAUCCUGCCUUUAGUGAGUUCUUACUUAAAGUUGGGAAUGGUGAGGAACCAACUGACACAGAAGGUAAUAUUGAAGUUCCGGACGAAAUGAUUGUUCAUUAUGACAGUGAGGAUGAUUCAUUACAACGACUUAUAAACAUAAUUUUUCCAAAUUUGGAACAAAAUGCAAAGAGGCUCUGGAGGUCAUGGGCCCAGCCCUCCUGCCGGAGGAGGUCCACAAGUUUGUUGAUGGCUUGUUCUUUGAUGCGCAGGGCCUCGGGGGAGGAUGAUGGGUCCUCGAGCACCCCGUAUAGGAUUGAUAUGGCCUCGGAAGGAGUUUUGGCCUCCGAAGCUCCAAAGAGGGAGUCGGUGGUGGCGGGGGCGUGCGAUGCAGACAUUCUCUAG